AAAUUCUUGUAGCCUUUUCUCCAUUUUCUUCUUCUCUUACGCACCCGUCUCUCUGGGCUUAUUUCAAAGCAUUCCUAAUUGACUCUUUAAACUGAACCAGUAUUCCUCCAUUGCCACUACGCGUUUUACUUUUGUAUUUUUAUAAGUUAACGUGCAAAAAGAACACAAGGAACGUCUUUUUGAAGGUGGGUUUUAUAUUGUUCCUGUAGUUUUGUCUGAAAUUUAUCUGUAAAGACACUAUUUUCAUGGCUUCUAAGCAGUGGGGAAUUACGCCUCCCAUUUCGACAGCACCGCCUACAGAGAAGGAGAAUGCUUUGAAUACAGCUCUUGUGAAUGAGCUGAAGGCUCAGAAUCUGUUCGAAUCAGCACAAGACUCUGAAAAACGUGUUCGUGUGUUGCAAGAGUUGCAGGCCAUUACAACUGAGUUCGUUAGAAAGGUGUCAUUGUCAAAGCAUAUGAGCGAGAAAAUGGCUAGUGAGUCUGGUGGAAAGAUUUUUACAUAUGGUAGUUAUCGUCUUGGCGUCUAUGGCCCUGGCUCCGAUAUUGAUACCUUGGUCGUUGUCCCUAAACAUGUCUCUCGAGAAAAUUUCUUUCAAGAUCUAGAGCCUAUGCUCCGUGCGCGUCCUGAAAUCACAGAUCUUGCUGCCGUUCCCGAAGCUUACGUGCCCAUUAUUAAAUUCAAAUUUCUUGGCAUUAGCAUCGAUCUUAUUUUUGCUCGUCUUUCUAUUCCCCGUGUGCCACUAGACCUGGAAUUGAGUGAUAGUAAUUUGCUUAAGGGUGUUGAAGAGCGCUGUAUUCUGAGUUUGAACGGUACUCGUGUCACCGACCAGAUUUUACAACUCGUUCCUAACCGUGCUGUUUUCAAACACGCGCUCCGUGCUAUCAAGUUUUGGGCUCAACGAAGAGCUAUCUACGCUAAUGUUGUUGGUUUCCCAGGAGGUGUCGCCUGGGCCAUGAUGGUUGCUCGGAUAUGUCAGCUUUAUCCUAACGCUGUGUCCGCCGUUAUCGUUUCUAAAUUUUUCCGUAUUCUGUCACAAUGGAACUGGCCUCAACCAGUGCUCUUGAAGCCCAUUGAUGAUGGUCCUCUUCAAGUUCGUGUUUGGAAUCCCAAACUGUAUCCUUCAGACAAGGCUCACCGUAUGCCCAUUAUCACACCUGCUUAUCCGUCCAUGUGUGCUACACAUAAUAUCACCCCUUCUACACAAACCGUCAUUCUUCGUGAAAUGGCUCGUGCUGGUUUAAUUGUUGACGACAUUAUGGCCGGCAAAAAGCCUUGGUCAGCUUUGUUUGAAAAACAUGAUUUUUUUCAUCGCUAUCGCUACUACCUUACUGUCACUGCCGCUUCGAAAACAGCUGACAGUCAGCUGAAGUGGUCUGGACUUGUUGAGUCUAAGCUCCGUCACUUCGUUACUCGUCUUGAACUUGUUGAUGCUAUUACGUUAGCCCACCCAUUCAACAAAGGCUUUAACAAGAUUUAUAUGUGCAAAACGGAAGAGGAAGCACAACAAGUUGCCAAUGGCGUUUCAACUGCUGUCGUAGCAAAGGACGCUAAUCUGGAGGAGGCUGCCAAAGCAGGAGACCAGAAUGAGCACAAGGAAGGCGAAGGCGAUGCGGCUGAUGAGAAGAAGUUCUCCGUCUAUACAACUACCUUUUAUAUCGGUCUUGAAAUUGAAAGAAAGAAGGGUCCCCAAUCAAAACGCCUCGAUAUUACCUGGCCUUCACAAGAAUUUUCCGAAAUGUGCAAAAAAUGGGACAAAUUUGACGAUACCAUGAUGACCGUCUUCAUUAAAAACACACGCAAUUACACCCUUCCGGACGAAGUCUUUGAACCGGGAGAAGAACGCCCUAAGCCCCCGACAAAGAAGAGAAUUGCUUCCGCCGAGAAGAAGACGGAAAAUGAUCAGGUUCCAAAACGUCAAAAGGUUCCGCAAGCCUAGACACCUUAGUUUACUUGGUAUGCUACUAAGUACUCUUCACUUAUUUUACCUUUCUCUCUUUCUCUCUCUCUCUCUCGUAACACACGUAUACACACAUACACACACAGCUCUUCUUUAAAAUGCACAACCUUGAAAUCACGCCUGUGCUACACCCGCCCAAUUUGACCCUUGAAAAAGUGGACUUUUCUUACACACACGCCAGCGCGCGUCCCACACAAACAGUGUUGUCGUUGUUUGUUAUACAAAACGGUAAUCCAUAGUCCACAAGACUCUUUACCAUCUUGUGUGCUAUCGUUCAUGCACAGUAACUCGUUAAAUAUAGAAAGGUCAUAUUCGUUGAAAUUCCAUAGCAGAUAGAAAGUAGUGAGCUCCUUUCAUCAAGGGAGGAAGUAAGAAAGGAUGUUAUGUCGUCUACUCGGAAGAAGAAGAAGAGGUGAAGAGGUUCUUAAUGCGGCUAGGGCUAAGCACACCAUUAAGGGUGAAAUCAAAACCAAGAAAGUACAGCGUGACGCCCAACGUAGUGAAAAUAGCAAUGAGACCCAUGACAAGACUGAGGGCGAAGUAUUGCAUAGCCUCCUUGUGCUCUUCCUUUUGCUUUUUAGAAAGAACAGCCUUUUGACCC